CAUCGAUUUAUUUCCAGCUCUAAUUUUUGUUAAAUAAACAUUUAGGUGUGAAAUAUUUUUACCAAUAUUGUAUAUUUGGCGCAACGCAUUGGAUUGCAAAUGCAAUAAGUCUAGCCAAGUUGGCUUUCGUAAAUUAUCCGUUACGUUCAGUUUAAAAUAUCUCGAAAUCAGUCUGGCCCACACAGCUAUAGAAAAGAAGCUAAAUUUUUUGAACCAGAGAAAAAUUGAACAUUGCGAUCCACGGAUUUUGCCUUGUAGUUGCACCAUCUAAUCAGGAACUUCCCCUGCAGCUGCACCACCCACCACCCACAAACGAAAGUUAUAUUUACGACGCAAAAACAAAACAAUCGAAACGACACCCACGCACCAGCUGUUUUGAUACCGAUCGGCGAUAUCGAUAUCACACUGAUGAGCAACAUUGGUAGAAAAGAAGAAGCAACAGUUGUGCAGCGAAAAACUUAAAAAAAAUUAUAGGCAAUUAAAGCCGGGGUCUUUGUGGGCCGAAAUAUGUCUGUGAGACUGCUGACCGUGCGACUGAUCAAACAUGGUCGCUACAUUUUGCGCAGCUAUUGUAAACGUGAUAUACAUGCCAACAUUUUGGACCAGAAUCAAUUGAAGACAAGAAGCAAGCGAGGCUUUCCCCUACCCUCCUCCGCUGCCCAUGUGCUCCGGACAACGCCCCAGCAGGCGGCCAAAUCGGUGGUAAAUGUAGUGCCCCGAACCACUACUUCCCCAGCGGGAACGUCCCUGAGCGGCAGCACCAACACUAGCAGCAGUGGACUCUUUCGAGUGGGCCAACAUGCCCGAAAACUCUUUAUCGACAAUAUCCUCAGUCGGGUGACCACCACCUACUCAGAGGAUCUUCGCCAGCGAGCUACCCGCAAGCUGUUCUUCGGCGAUUCAGCUCCAUUUUUUGCCUUAAUUGGUGUUAGUCUGGCUUCAGGAUCAGGUGUCCUCAGCAAGGAAGAUGAACUUGAGGGCGUGUGUUGGGAGAUUCGGGAGGCAGCUGGCCGGCUGCAGAGGGCCUGGAACCAAGACGAGAUCUCGGAGACGCUGGACAGCAAGUUCAGCAUAGAUGACUUAGAAAUCGGCCCACCCAUUGCCAAAGGUUGUGCCGCUGUGGUCUACGCAGCUGGUUUUAAAAAGGAUGGGGCUUCGGAAACACUUCCACCUGAUGCAGUGCAUUCACAGGCAUCGCCAGCCUUUGCUCCAAAUAGCUGGAGCGCCCACGAGAUGAUGUCACCGUUGCAAAACAUGUCGCGAUUUGUCCACAAUUUCGGCGGCUCUGUUGAUAACAUCUUUCACUACAGCCAACCCUCGGCUGCAAGCGAUUUUGUGGGCGCCCAGGAGAGGGAACUGGAGCAGCAGCAGCAGCAGGACCAAGAGCUUAAAAGCAGUGCCUUUAAUGUGAAUUCCCCAGCGAAUUCAAGGAUCAACAGCUCUGUGGACAACUAUCCCCUGGCCCUCAAAAUGAUGUUUAACUACGAUAUCCAGAGCAAUGCGUUGUCUAUCCUGCGUGCCAUGUAUAAAGAAACAGUUCCGGCCCGUCAGCGAGGAAUGAAUGAGGCCUCUGAUGAGUGGGAACGUUUGCUGCAGAACCAAACGGUCACCCUACCCCCGCAUCCCAAUAUAGUGUGCAUGUUUGGAUUCUUUUGUGACGAGGUGCGCAACUUUCCCGAUGGUCACCUCUUGUAUCCGGUGGCCCAGCCGCAAAGGAUCAAUCCCCAGGGCUAUGGUCGCAACAUGUCGCUGUAUCUGCUUAUGAAACGCUAUGAUCACAGUCUGAGGGGAUUGCUCGACAACCAGGAGCUAGACACACGCACUCGCAUCCUGCUGCUGGCACAAAUGUUGGAGGCUGUCAAUCAUUUGAGUCGCCACGGAGUGGCCCAUCGCGAUCUGAAGUCGGACAAUGUGCUAAUCGAGCUACAGGAUGAUGCCUCGCCGAUUCUGGUGCUCUCGGACUUCGGCUGCUGUCUGGCAGACAAGGUGCACGGUCUCCGGCUGCCGUAUGUAUCGCAUGACGUGGACAAGGGUGGUAAUGCGGCGUUGAUGGCGCCUGAGAUCUUCAAUACGAUGCCCGGACCAUUUUCCGUUCUCAAUUACGGCAAGGCUGAUUUAUGGGCAUGCGGUGCCCUGGCCUACGAGAUCUUUGGCAGCCGUAAUCCAUUCUAUUCGAGCAGCGGUGGCCUAGCACGCGAACGUGGGGAACUGACGCUUUCGCUGCGAAACAGCGAUUAUCGGCAGGAGCAGCUCCCUCCGAUGAGCGAUGCUUGUCCGCCGUUGUUGCAACAGCUGGUCCACAACAUCCUCAAUCCCAACCCGUCCAAGCGGGUCAGUCCGGAUAUUGCGGCAAAUGUGGUGCAGUUGUUCCUGUGGGCCCCGUCCAACUGGUUAAAGGCAGGCGGAAUGCCCAACAGCUCCGAGAUCCUCCAGUGGCUGCUAUCGCUAACUACCAAGAUAAUGUGCGAAGGUCGUCCGCAGCUUGGUGCGGGAUUGAUGCCAGUGGUCACUAGUGGAAGACGUGCCUAUGUAGAGUACCUGCUUAUUUGCAGUUUCUUGGCACGCGCCAGACUCCGUCGCAUUCGUGGUGCCCUUAACUGGAUCCAGAAUGUGGUGGCGUAGGCCACAUGAAAUAUAUCUGGAUCGUGGGAUCAGGAACCUUCUACUUGUUACUCUGAGAAAAUCAAAUGGAAAAGCGUGUGAUACCUAUAUUUUACAUAUGUAUUUAUAAAACAAAUCAAAAUUAACCGCA